AUGCAAGCCUCAGAGGAGAGCGCUCUUACAGUGGUGGAGCCCAAUGGGGAUUCAUAUGCAGAUGCCAACUUGAAUGAGAAAAACCUGGGCACCAAAUAUAUAUAUACGACUGAGGGCCAAUUGAUACCGGCCGACGAGGACCACAACACUUCCACUAUGGACUUAAACGCCCAAGACGCUGAUGGACAGAUGAGCGAUGAACAUCAGCCCGAUGGGUCCUCAACCCCCGUUAAAGGCGAUUCGACUGCUCCUGGUCUACAAACGCCUCACCAGCUCAAUGAGCAAGAGGCUGCCGAAGGACAAACAGAACCUCAAGUGACUGUUGAACCCGUUUCUGAUAAGUCCUCUGAAAACAGCCAGCCAAACUUGGAAGUUUCCGAUGCAAAAGAGGAACCAAGUGCAAUGGAUGAAGACGAAACACAUAUACAAAGUCUGAAGUCCAAUCCGGCCAUUGAAGUUCAGUUGGACGAAUCUGUGGAUGAAGACAAGCCAAAAAUUGACGAUUCGGACAGUUUCCAAACGAGCGGGGAAGAAAUCAUAACGCUGGAACAUAAAAUAGAGGACGAAGAGAUAGAAAUCUUAGAAGAAAUAGCUGUAACUAAAGUCAAAGAAGAGGAAGCGACUGUUUCGGAGAAACCCUCGCCUCGGCCCAGGGGCCGCAAAUUGAAAACGGACAUUCCCUUGCAUAUCUUGGGGCACGACGUCAAUAAACCUAUGGAUAACGUUCUCAACGGAAAAUCCCCCAAACCCAGUGUUUUAAGGGUGGGCGUGCGGGUGCCUUAUCGCAACUUGACCAGCCAGAUUGUUUCGAAAAAGGAAAUCGAGGAGGAAAUACUGGAAAGGGGCAAGAAAAAGCGCACCGAGAAGAAAGAUGCAACUUUUGCGCAGCAACUCACAUCAAGACUAGCUAAGAGAAUUGUUGAAGCUGAUGAAUCUGCGAAGACCAGCAAAAUUGCAAAGACGCAGGAAGAGCCUGUUUCCCAAGAAAGUGACUUGGAGGUUGACAAAAACGCCUCUGGCCCAGAACCGAAAGCAUCCCUGGACAACAUUGAUCUAUUGGCGAUUUUAGAAGGUGACGGCGAUCCAGAUCCAACUACGAUUGUAUCGGAAAAAGUUCAGGACAAAGAAACCACUUUAACCGAUGAAACAAAUUUGAAGAACCUAGAACGGGAAAUUGCGUUGCAGCAGCUGCAUGAUCUGCCCUUUCUGACCCCGAAACCGAAGCUACUCAAGGGAAGCAAAUUUAAAGUAUAUUCCAAAGGAUCAUUAACUGGUCAGAAGACAGCAGAAUUGCCCUCUACCGAAAAACCCGCAUCUGUAACUAAAUUGCAAUCAGUUAAAAACAACAUCUCCAUGUCACGGUUGGAAGUGAACAAGCCAGUGAAAACGAACACGGCGCUUAAAACCUAUUCGCGCAAGAGAAAAUCCACGGAAAAUGCAGUACAGGCGGUUGCCCCAACAAAGAAACCGAACGUUGCCAUCCCUGUGGAGGUUGAGCCGAAAUCUGCAACUCCUUCACCGGCAGCUGAUGCCGCAUACGUGACCAAGAGCUCUAGAGUGAUUUGGGACCCGGACGAGGCAAGCUCCAAAGCAAAGGUUCAGGGUUCCAAAGUGGAAGCCACACCGCCAAAGACUUUGCAGUCGCCGAAAGCUGUUCAGCCAAAAAACGAGAAUAAAUCAGCCGAGCCAGCGAAAAAGGCAGCGGAAAUCAAAGCCAAGCCCGAUAAAAAAGCGGAGGAAAAACGUCUGGUUAAGAGGGCGAGUAUUGUGGAGAAAAAGGUCAGCCCUUCUCCGAAACAGUUGCAAAAGGUGAAGAAACCGCGAACCGAAGUCGACAAGCUGCUGGGCGAUGAAGGCGCUAUCAAAAUGCUGUACGACUUGAAGAAUUCGGAAAAUUCUGGGGAGGAGAGACGCAAAAAGACUGUAUUUUCAGUUGAGAAAACUUUCAAGGAUCUGGCGAAAAAGGCCAAUCAAAUCAAAACUGACCUAGUGAAUACGUCCGCUUCGGAAACACCGAAGGUUUUGCGCAGAAAGGACGGGUUUCCAUCAAGUGCGAAUCAGAAAAGCGCUUUGGCGGCUGCGGCCCCAACUGUUGCAACGCCCGGCCCAAUAAGCAGGCAGAAAUCGAAGGAUUCUGCUAGAAGCUCGCCGCCUGCCUCCCCGUCUUUUCCCUAUCCGAACGAAGUCUCCUAUUUGAUCAGGCGAAGAUCCAGCAGCUCCAUUUCCAGUACAGCUGAAGAUACAGGCGAAAGCGUGGAUCUGGAUGUUUCUGAAGAUGAUGAUGAUGAAGUGGAUGCUUCAGAGCCGAAAAAGAAGCCGGUCGCGCCAUUGAGUGAUCCCCUUGAAGUGAAACUCGCGAAAAAGUCCCCAGAAUUGGCCAAGGCCCAGAAGCGCCUAGAAAAUCGCAUGGGCACCUACAAUACGUUCACUUUGAAGAAAAUUAAUAACAGCGUUACCAUUGAGCUGUACACGACCGAUGAACCGUUCUACUUUACUUCAGAGCUUUUGGGCGAGCUGACAGCUGCUUUGGGCAAAAUAUCCGAAGAAAAUGACUGCCAAGUAGUGUUAAUAAAGUCCAGCAGCGCAAAGGUUUUCAGCAGGGGCAUUGACUACAAGUUUUUGGUUUCUGAUAAGGAGAAUAUCCGCCUGCAGAAGGCCAAAGAGUUGGCAAGCCAAGUGAAGGCCUUUCUGCAUUGUCUGAUGGGUUUUCCUAAGGUUCUGGUGGCAGGCAUUCAAGGAGAAUGUGCAGGCGUGGCCGUAACUAUUCUGCCCUUGUUCGACAUAGUUAUUGCUAGUGACGAUGCUCAGUUCAGCACUUCUUAUAGUGCGCUUGGUUGCGUUGCGGAAGGCGCAUUUUUGUUGACUGUUCCUCAUGUGUCCAGCUACGGAUUGGCAGGAGAGCUGUUGUUGGCGUCCCAAAAACUGACCGCUGACGAGGCGUACAGGCGCGGUUUAAUAUCGAAGCUGUGCUGGCCGGAGAAGUAUCAAGACACUGUAAAAGCCACUGUGGCCGCAGUCGCUCAAGGGUCUAUCCAGAGUUUGGAGGCAACCAAAAAAAAUCUUCGCCUCAAUGUUAGAGCGGGCUUUGAGCAGUCCAUCGACUCCAUGGAGCUGGAAUUGAUCGAGCACUGGAUAAGUGGGGAGUGUCAGACUAAUUUUAGCAACUUGGAUUAA